ACUCAAGUCAUUUUUCUGUCCUGGUUUUCUAGUGUUGAAGGCAAAAUCCAGUGAGGAAAGUGACUGGACCAGCUUACUGAGCUGGAAUGAGGAACUCCUGACUACCUGCCUGGUGCUUUUCCACUCUGCCUCAUUUCCUGUUUCUCUACUGGAAGAAAAAUAAAAGUUUCCUGUCAUUCACAGAAAAAUGGAUCAUUUAAAUCUUUGGAGGACUCAGUUAUAAUGCUACUAUGCUACCGAGAUUUAUGACAAAUUGUUUCUUCACUAUCGAACUGCUGAAGAACUAACGGAAGAUACUUUUAUAAAAAAAAAAAUCCUAAAGUGUGAUGGUAUUACUAAAUAAAACUAAAAACUCAAUUGUUAAAUUAUUAGACUUGCUAAUAAAAAGCACACAUGUGCAAUUGCUACUGUAUUCUGACAGUUACUAAACCUCAAAUUUAGACGGUUCCUUUUGUCAGAAAGUCCUAACAAGAAACCACUGAACAUUGUCAUCAGAUAUACUUCCAGCUAAGUGUCAGUAAAAUUUACUUGAAACACCUGUUAUAAAAUUCCAGAAUUCACCACUAAGUGGAUUUGAUAUUAUGGCAGCAACUUACAGACUUGUGGUUAGUACUGUGAACCACUAUAGCAGUGUGAUAAUAGACCGACGUUUUGAACAAGCUAUACAUUAUUGCACUGGAACCUGUCACACCUUUGCACAUGGAGUUAACUGCAUUGUAGUACACCAUAGUGUUUGUGCAGACCUUCUGCAUAUCCCUGUGUCUCAGUUUAAAGAUGCUGACCUGGACUCUAUGUUCCUACCCCAUGAAAAUGGGUUUUCCUCAGCUGAAGGCGACUAUCCCCAUCAGGCCCUCAUUGGCAUACCCAGGAUCAGAAAAGGAUCUACAUUUCAAAAUACCGGUAACUUAAAGGAUAUUGCAGGAGAAGCAAUCAGUUUUGCCAGUGGGAAAAUAAAAGAAUUUUCCCUUGAAAAACUCAAAACCUCUAACCAUGCAGUUUACAAAAAGGGAAGGAAAGUUAAGUCUGACUCGUUUAAUAGGAGGUCAGUGGAUUUUGACUUGCUCUGUGGCCAUUAUAAUAAUGAUAGUAACUCUCCAUCCUUUGGUUUACUUCGGAGUUCUUCAGUUGAGGAAAAGUCGUUGUCCCAUAGAAAUUCACUUGAUUCAAACCUUACUUCAGUUCUUCUUCAGAACAUCUCUGAAGAAGAUUUAGUCACUCAGAUUUUAGAAAAACAUAAACUAGAUCAUUUUUCUCCUGGAACAGACAUAAAAAUGUGCUUGGACAUCUUGCUGAAAUGCUCUGAGGAUUUGAAAAAAUGCACAGACAUCAUAAAACAGUGCAUAAAGAAAAAGUCAGGGAGUAACUUUAAUGAAGGAAAUAGUAAUGAUGCUAUUUCUAGCCCUGAAUCUAUCUAUAUGACUGUAAUGACCAGGUUAGCAUCAUAUCUGAAAAAGUUACCAUUUGAAUUCAUGCAAUCUGGGAAUAAUGAGGCAAUGGACUUAACAGAACUUGUUAGUAAUAUGCCUAGUUUACAGCUAACUCCCUUCUCCCCAGUGUUUGGCACUGAACAGCCCCCUAAAUAUGAAGAUGUUGUCCAGCUAACUGCUCCUGAUGUAGGAAGAUUUCAGGCUCUAGAAAUGGAAGAUGAAAAGCACAAUUCUAUAAAAUCCAUUCCAAACAAUUCAGUGAAUUCCUUAUAUAAUUUGGAGAAAAAUGAUCCCAAAUCUUUAAAGGAUGUCCAGCAUCCAUCACGGUUAUUAACCAUGAAUCCUUUAGACACUGUUUCUUCUGGUAAUGUAAUGGAAACCCUUUUUAUUGAAGAAGAAUCUGAUGGUAAUAAAGCAUUAGAUAAAGGAAAAAGGAUAGAGUAUGGACACAGUCAGGAGCCAUUAAAGGUAAAUAAAGAUAAAGCAGAAUUUUCAGAUCAUCUUAAAAAACAUCCUGCCUCAAUACAAAAUGAAAUUGCUAAGAAGAUAUUUCAGAAACCAGUUGCUAAUCUACCUGAGGAAGAUCUUACGUCAAAAGUUUCUAACACUGAAGAGGGAGACCAAAAGAAUUUUAUGAAUCCAAACAGUCAAGAAGAAAUAGAUAAGUUAUUAAUGGAUUUAGAAUCUUUUUCACAGAAAAUGGAGACUUCUCUAAGAGAGCCUAUUGUCAAGGAUAAAAGCUCCAACUCUCUUAAUAGUCAUAGUCCAUUACUUCGUCAGAGCCCUGUAGAUCUUGAAUCUAUGUCUAAAAUCUCUUCACCGGUAGAAAAAGUCUCACCUUCCUGUCUAACAAGGAUUAUUGAAACCAACGGACACAAAAUAGAAGAAGAGGAUCGAGCCCUCUUAUUGCGAAUUCUAGAAAGUAUUGAAGACUUUGCACAAGAACUAGUUGACUGUAAAUCAGGUAGAGGAAGCCUCUCACAAGAAAAGGAAAUGAUGCAGAUUCUACAGGAAACUUUGACAACUUCCUCCCAGGCCAAUUCAAUCUGUAGAAGUCCUCCUGUUGAUGAUAAAGCUAAAGAUACUACAGUGGUUUUGAUACAGCAGACCCCAGAAGUGAUCAAGAUUCAAAACAAACAAGAGAAGAAACCUGGAAUAUCACUUUCACCUCCAGCCACCUUUCCAAGUGGUCCUCAGCCUCUAUCCCCUGUUCCUCAAGUGAACAGUGUUGUGAAUACAUCAUUGUCCAAAAACAUUCCACAAUUCUACUUUCCUGAAGGACUCCCAGAUACCUGCAUUAACUAUGAACAAAUGCUAAACAAAAUUGAAGUUGCUUUCAUGAAUAUUGAAGAUCAGAAAGCAGACAUUUAUGAAAUGGGAAAAAUUGCAAAGGUCUGUGGCUGUCCUCUCUACUGGAAAGCUCCCAUGUUCAGGGCUGCAGGGGGAGAUAGGACAGGAUCUGUGUCGGCACAGUCAUUCAUUGCCAUGUGGAGAGAGUUGCUGAAUAACCAUCAUGAUGAUGCCUCUAAGUUUAUUUGUCUUCUAGCAAAACCUAGCUGCUGCUUUUUAGAACAGGAGGAUUUUAUCCCUUUACUUCAGGAUGUGGUAGAUACACACCCUGGACUCACGUUCCUGAAAGAUGCUCCAGAAUUCCAUUCCCGAUACAUCACCACGGUUAUUCAGAGAAUAUUCUACACAGUCAACAGAUCUUGGAGUGGAAAAAUUACUUCAACAGAAAUAAGGAAAAGCAACUUUUUGCAAACUCUGGCUCUUUUGGAAGAAGAGGAAGAUAUAAACCAAAUCACAGAUUACUUCUCCUAUGAACAUUUCUAUGUCAUUUAUUGUAAAUUCUGGGAGCUAGACAGUGACCACGACCUCUACAUCAGUCAGGAUGAUCUCGCUCAUUACAAUGAUCAGGCUUCUUCAAAUAGAAUCAUUGAAAGGAUAUUUUCUGGGGCAGUAACAAGGGGAAAAACAGUACAGAAAGAGGGAAGAAUGAGCUAUGCAGAUUUUGUUUGGUUUCUGAUCUCUGAGGAAGACAAACGAAACCCCACCAGCAUUGAAUACUGGUUCCGCUGCAUGGAUGUAGAUGGAGACGGUGUGCUCUCCAUGUAUGAGCUGGAGUACUUCUAUGAGGAGCAGUGUGAACGGAUGGAAGCCAUGGGGAUUGAGCCGCUGCCAUUCCAUGACCUGCUGUGCCAGAUGCUUGAUCUAGUGAAACCAGCCAGUGAUGGCAAAAUAACACUACGAGACUUGAAGAGAUGCAGAAUGGCUCACAUCUUUUAUGACACUUUCUUCAAUUUGGAGAAGUACUUAGACCAUGAACAGAGAGAUCCCUUUGCAGUCCAGAAGGAUGUUGAAAAUGACGGGCCUGAGCCCUCUGACUGGGAUCGAUUUGCCUCUGAGGAGUAUGAAACUCUUGUUGCAGAGGAGUCUGCCCAAACACAACUCCAGGAGGGCUCCUUUGAAGAUUAUGAAACAGAAGAAACUGCCUCUCUCUCUGAAUUUGGAAACAAAAGCAAUAAAAUAGCAACUUCAAGUGUUUCAGAGAAAUGUGGAAAGCUUCAGUCAGUAGAUGAAGAGUAGCUGGCCAGUGUCAACAUAUAAUUUUUUUUCUUGUGGAGGUACUGCAACUUGCAUAUUGCUGGAAGCUUUGGUUUCGGCAAGUGUGCAUCUGUACUACAAACU